CACCUCAUUUAGUCGCUGUCAACGCGCAUCAUAUGGGUAAGCUCCGUAACUUUACUACUAUAGGCACAGAAAGUAGCUCAAAGAGACGCUUUUCAUCGAGCUGGUUGUGGAAAAAAAACAAGAGGAGAAAACGACUAAUACAGAGAAGGAAGGAAAAGUUUAUCGAAGUACCUUUUACUUUGGAUUGUAUUUCUUCAUUCCAUUUUUAUUUAUUUUUUUCCGGGAGGGUUGAUUUGCGCAAGUGACGGUGUGUGCCAGCAGUGUGGAGGUGCCGUGACUGAAUGUUUCCGUGUAUUGGUUGAAAAAGUUAACACCAGGUGAAUGUAUAGUAUGAUGAUGGAGACUGACCUACACUCCCCAGUGCCCCAAACGAACACGAAUUCGGGGCACAUGGGAGGAUCAAACAAUGGGAACAAAGUCAACCAAGACCGCGUAAAGAGACCGAUGAACGCCUUCAUGGUUUGGUCCCGGGGCCAGCGGCGGAAGAUGGCUCAGGAGAACCCCAAAAUGCACAACUCCGAGAUCAGCAAGCGGCUCGGCGCCGAGUGGAAGGUGAUGUCCGAGGCGGAGAAGAGACCCUUCAUCGACGAGGCGAAGCGGCUACGAGCUAUGCACAUGAAGGAGCAUCCGGAUUAUAAAUACAGACCGAGACGGAAGACCAAGACACUGUUAAAAAAGGACAAAUACUCUUUGGCCGGUGGGCUGCUUACCGGGACAGGGGGUGGGGGUGUCGGUCUAGGGAUGAGCCCUGGGGUCGGACAGAGGUUAGACAGUCCCGGGGGUCACGGUGGUGCGUCUGCUGCCAGCUACGCGCACAUGAACGGCUGGGCGAACGGUGCGUACUCUGGGCAGGUGGCUGCGGCUGCGGCGGCCGCGGCCAUGAUGCAGGAGGCUCAGCUCGCCUACAGCCAGCACCCGGGCAGUGGGCACCACCACCACUCACACCACCACCACCCGCACAACCCCCAGCCCAUGCACCGCUACGACAUGUCGGCCCUCCAGUACAGCCCCAUCUCGAACUCUCAAAGCUACAUGAGCGCCUCUCCGUCCGGCUACGGCGGGAUCACCUACACGCAGCACCAGAGCUCUGGUGUCGCCUCGUCCGGGUCGAUGGGCACGCUGGGCUCUCUGGUGAAAUCGGAACCGAGUGUGAGCCCUCCCGUCUCUACUCACUCGCGCGCCCCGUGUCCCGGGGACUUGAGGGACAUGAUAAGCAUGUAUUUACCGACGGGGGAAGCUGCAGGUGACCCGUCCGUUCAAAGUAGACUUCACGCGCUACCGCAGCACUACCAGAGCUCCACGACAGGGUACCUAAAGAAAAGGACGACGUUGUGGUAGUCGCGAGGAAGGGAACAAGACAGGCUCGAGUCACAACACCUGUUGACUUGGCUAAUGUCUCGUGGGAGGAACUUCGUCUCGGUCGACUAAUGUUUUGAUUUGAUUUUUUUGAACGGGCUUGUUUUGAUUAUCUGUCCGGUGACAUCUUUUUUGACCAACAGGAAGACGCUCACGCCAUCGGUCAACACUAGUUAGGCCUACUGAUGACAGAAUCACCCCUUUUAAAAUAAGUUAUUUGACUGUCUGUUUUUGCUCUUCUAAGAUCCCAUAUAAUUUGCAUAAUAAUGUAAACUUAAUUGUGGACCAAUUGUGAUGAUUUGACAUGUGCGUUCUGGCUAUUUGUUGAUCAUUGCAAUAUAACUAUGAAUAAUUUUUUUUCACAUUCCCUGUUUCAUGUUUGUCAUUAUACUCAUAAAUUAACUCACAAUAUUUCAGUCAUUUCCACAACUCGUAAUGUGCGUAAAGAUUUUACUUUUCAUUGACAUAAUUAUCAUUUUCAAGAAAGUACAAAAAUACGUGUAUUGGUCUAAAAUAAUCUCAUAAACUAUAAUAUUCAAAUGAGGGAAUAAACGAAAUGAGGGAAUAAUCUCUGCUCUCAUUUUAUUUCAUUCAUUUACAUUGAACUUUCAGAAAGCGUUGUUAUUCAAACUUUUCCAGAACUUGUUGCAAUUUUGAUGGAGAUGACAGACACAAACUGGAAGAAUCAGUGCGCCAAGAUGGAAAAACAUAGGCCCAAUAUCAUUAACUAAUGGUGCAAAUCUACAAUGGCAUUCUUUUUACAUGUUGUUUGUAGAGAAUUUUCAAAACUUGCGUCAUAUUGACCUUUGAUACUCGUUUCCUCCAUGAUUUUUGUUCGCGGUGCAAUAAAGUAAAUUCUUUGAAAAGUGGUAGGAUUACAAAUGAGAAGUAAAGAUGCUUAUUUUGUCAAAGAUGCUUUCUUUAGAGACGGAUAUCUUGGACGCAAGGCUUGAUCCCAAACUAAUCCAAAUUCAAUGAAAUGUGAAUGGAUGCAGAUACAAAGAAUAUACAAUUAUUCAUUGGUCAUUUAAUUAACAUUCUCAAUGUAUCCUUGCUCACUCCUUCAGGGUAUAUACCAGAGACGCUGUAAAGGCGCACGUGGAAAUAAAUCCUUUCAGCUUCAGCUAAAUCUGUCCGGAGACCUGGUGUGCCAUUGACAUACCUUGGCCUAUAGGCCCACCUCGGCAAUGACGUGUGACGUUUUAAGGGGAUAGACAUAACAAGUUAACAAUCGAUGAGAGCGGAGUAACUGAUCAAUAAUCGGUGUGUAUAUCUUCAUUUACUCCGUGCGUACUCCUCCUUACUGAAGUAGAUGAAUCAGUGUGCAGUCAAGACACCAUCGCACAGUACCUGUUUGGUUGUCAUGGGGGAUUAGUGUUACUGAGCGGAGUAGUGGAGAGUGUUUUGUGUAAAGUAGACAAGGAUUUAGACGAUCAGAAGAACUAACCCCGGGGUCAGAGGCAAGUCAAAGACUCUCACAAUUGCGCACCGGAAGUCCGGAACCAUGACGUCAGUCCGGUUCCCCAAGCUUCGCCAGCCAUGAAGCAAGUCACACAGGUCCUAAACAAAAUAUAAUAUAGAAAUGUGGGCAAGUUAUCAAAGAAAGUAUUUCAGAUCGCGUUUUAUCGUUUCUAUCAUCGUCUCUGGACCUUCACGCUUCAGUCCAUUCGCGUCAGCGCUCUAUAGGCUAAUAACAGGUCAAUAGCCAGGCAUAUAACCGUAACAUUUGGCCUUACGGUCAAUACCGAGCUGUUCAUUCAAAAUGAUGGCUGAGAGUUGGAAAAUCUAAAAGUGUCUAUGAACUAUUUUAGGGUAUCCUACAUCCCACUUCUUAUACAGGGAUAUUUUAGAUUGGAUUCCUGUAUAUGGUGUACAAACUGGAUUGUUACUCUGACAAAACACACUUAACCAGCCCUAGUAUAAAUUCAAAUAAUAGUCUAUAGGCCACUGUUCUAUUCAACUACCAUAGGUCAUCAAACUAUUCAUCCUCAACAUUUGUACUCCUCUUGUCUAAGUUGUUCUCUGGUAUCCAAUCUUUAACGUAAUAGAGGUAAAAUGCGUUUCUAAAAGCACCAUCAGAUAGAAAUGACAUGUAUCGAUUUAAAUGUUGUUCUAACCUACCCUACUACACACAAUCCCAUACUACAUUUGAUUUGAGUCUUAUCGUGUAUCUAAAGUAGAGACGCACAAAGAGUGGAGCAAGUCCAUGGACCGUUUCCAAAUCCAAAAUAAACGUUCUGCAAAAUUUCGCCUACAAUAAUUACCCCAUUCUUUGUGAAAAGUGUGUGUGUGAGAGAGAGAGAGGCAGCGGAGGCCCCUGACCAUUAUAUCUCCCCACCACGCGGUAUUCUUAUCUUGUAGACACUGAUACAUUCAGCACCAGGAAGCCUCAGACGCGCGUUAGUAUUUGCCACCCAGUAAACCCCCGAUCUCUUGCACUCGGUGUCCUAAAUGUGGAUAAUUAGCAUCACUUUAUCACGCCUCCGCAUAUUUUUUUUUCGCUCCUAAAAACCUCUUCGCUGCCAUUGGUUGCCUUUCUGUCACAGGAGAUUAUGGAGACAGAUUGCAAAAACCGAAUGUGCUGAAACCAGAUUAGCACGGAAUAGAAAUAGCAACCGGGCCAAUAAAUUCCUCGCGAGGGCCUUAUCGUGCAAUUACACGUUGACAUGUUUAACAAUUUUUCAGCCUCUUAAUCCUCCGCCCCUUCCAAGAGUCGACGUUUUGUGCCGUGUGUGUGUGUGUGUGUGUGUGUUCAUGUGUGCGCGCGCGAUGUUUUUCCACCCUAAAUAGAAUCCUCUAAAUGUGAAAGACAACUGAUAAAGACUUGGGAAACAUUUGAUAACAACAUUUAGGUAGUUUAGAUACAGACCCGUUUAGAUAAUACAUAUCACUGAUUUGAACGAUAUUCACUUAAUGGGCGCAUUCCAAAAUAAUCUGGGCCAAUAGAGCACAUGAGACCCAACAAGACGCUUGGUAUGGGCAUGAAUAUUGGACAUCAACUCGGGUUUGCAUAUUGUCAGUUGACAAUCUAUUAUAUUUCAAUAUAUAAUAUCACUAAAGCCUGAACAUAAAGCUUCGGUCAAUAUUAAUUUUCUUCAUCGUUGGCUUGACGGACUGAUAUAGCCAGAUACCAUUAUUCAAGCAACACGGACAGACAAAAGUUAAACAGAAGAUUUUUAUGGGAACAUUUUUGGAUGUCUCUAUGUAAUGUUAGUGAUUUAUUUUGGUUUUAUAGUUGGCCCGCCGUCUGCAGCGGGUCUUCCGCUCUUGUGAAGCCUGGGUAGAGGUGAUUGUGAGCAGCUCUGCUGGAAUUUGGCUGGGCCUGGUCUUGGAGCGCUGCCCCAUGCUGACUCCCCAUGCAUUGAACUGGGCCCUGUGUGUGUGUGUGUGUGUGUGUGUGUGUGUGUGUGUGUGUGUGUGUGUGUGUGUGUGUGUGUGUGUUGUGUGUGUGUGUGUGUGUGUGUGUGUGUGUGUGUGUGUGUGUGUGUGUGUGUGUGUGUGUGUGUGUGUGUGUGUGUGUGUGUGUGUGUGUGUGUGUGUGUGUGGUGCUUGCGGUUGGAAAGUUUCACUCAGUCAACCGUGCUCUCAUUGGCUUCACAAAGCAGAUUACAGGCCUCAGCGAAUUCCUGAAGGCAGCGAGAUGCGACGCAGGUGCAAGGGAGACCAGGAACCCCUCAUUGGCAUAGCGGGGCAACCAUUGGGGACAAUCCACGGGACCACACAAAAACCCUCACACUCUGUCCGAGCACAGCCGAGAGCUUGAAAUGCAAUGCAUGGAAAGAAAUUAAACUGGAGAAAGAUGGCUUUUAGUAUUCAGGAAAAAAACGUUAGUUACAGUUUAAAAUGAACCAUUUUUAUAGAUGUGUCAUCUUUUUGGUUUUAUUUUGAUGUUAGGCUACAUCUCUUCCCUCACCUGAACUGACUCAUGAAAUAAUAAUUCCGAUAAUGAUAUAUUUCUGAUUGGCAGGUACUAAAGUUCAUCACGUUGACAAAAGCUGUAUACAUGUCCUGCAAUUUCACGAAGUUAUUUGCAAAUUCCAAAAUCAUUAUUUUACACAGAACUUGACAAUCCAUGACUAGGUUCUAGUUUAAUUCCAAUGGUGUGUUUUUGGAAAUUGUGAAUGUCAAUGAAAGCACAUUACCAUUCAUAACCUUUAAAUGAUUUAAAUCUCUUUACUUUCCCCCACAAAAAGCUCCGACGCAGUCAUCCUGUGACGGAAAGCAAAGAGCGCUAGACCUAUGCCAUCAUGACUUUAUAUUCAAUUAGAACAAUUUCUAACUAUCAAUUACCGACGAAAGCCACAAAAUCCCCCGGGGACCGGUAAUCACCGUGACCGGUCUCAGUCGGUCCUCAGAGCCAUUGAACAGUGCGGCAGGGGGACUGGGCAUAAUUAGGAUUCUCAGCGCGUAGCCCUCCCUGGUGGAAGAAUGACUGACUGUUGCCUUCUAUUUGAUUUUACAAGAGGCCUCUUUCUAUAUGAUCAAGCUAUUAUAGGCCUACCACGAUUUCAUGGCUAAUCUUUCUGAAAUUGUCUUCUAAAAUGUCGUGUUUGUUUUCGUUGUUGUCUCUCUCUCUCUUCUGCAUUUGAAUUACAGCUACAGUUCAGAAAAGUUCGUUUUCUUUCAUUACACAAUUAUCGUGGAUGUAAUGCAUGUAACGCAUGUAGAAACACGCUGCCGCAUUAGCCUCUAUUGCAUUACAAGCCUUUAUGGAGUCAGUAACUGUUUGAAAUCUGAGGUAAGGGAGAACUCCCCACUCUAACAAUCUGAAGUGUCUGGAUCAAGUCUAGGAG